AUACUCUUCCGGUUUUAACAACAACAACAACAACAACAACAACAAAAAGUGUUUAUUAGGAUAUUUUUGGUCUUUUUACCCUUUCAUACAGAUUGUUUAGGUUAAAUAAAAAAUGACGUUUCAAGGAUCUUUUGAAGAGUUUUUCAAGCAGCAGAAGAAAAAGCAGAUCAAUCAACAGUUUGCUCUACCAGAGAGGAAAGCUAAAGUUGACCAACUUGUUAAAACAAUAGAGAACACAGAUAAUCCUGAUACUAGAUAUUGUAUAUGUCGAUCCACAGAUGGCACACGCUUUAUGAUAGCAUGUGACAAUUGUGAAGAAUGGUAUCACGGUGACUGUAUAGGUGUGACAGAGAAAGAUGCUCAGUUUAUCAAACAAUAUUACUGCGGUCCAUGUCGUCAGAAGGAUCCUUCUUUGGUUACUCGAUACAAACACAAGAAACUUAAAGAAAAGGCAGAGAAAAAGAUAUCACUUAAACCGGAGAAACUUGACAGGGCUGCCCUAGAGUAUAAGGGCAAACUUCGGGAACCAGAAAUUGGAGAAGAUAAGAAGAAGUCCAGUAGAAGAUGUGGACAGUGCACGGCGUGUCAUAGAACAGAGGACUGUGGGAGAUGUGACUUUUGUAAGGACAUGAAAAAGUUUGGCGGACCAAAUAGAAUCCGACAGAAAUGCAGACUCAGACAAUGUAGUAAUUUUGGUUUAGGUAUAUUAACAGUGAAAGAUCUAGAUGAUUCCAUGUCAUCGCCUCAGUUGAAGGAUAUAUUAUCUAGUCCUGGUGGUGUCAUCAACUAUCUGAAGAGAGACCAAGAGAAGCAAGACAAAUCUGAAAAGAAACGAAAGAAGAGAUUAUCAGGAAAAGAAGAUACACCGAGGAAGAAGUAUAAAGAUAAGAAAUCUCCAACAAAGAAAAAACAGAAGGGGAGAGAACAUAAAAGAGAACAUCAUCACAGGCAUUACCAGGAGUACGAGGAAGUUGAGGAACCAGAAGAGGAAGUUCAGAAACAAUGUCUGGGUCCCGGCUGUGUCAACCCAGCAAGAUUUCAAUCUAAAUACUGCUCAGAGGAAUGUGGGAUGAAACUGGCAAAGAGCCGAAUAUAUGAACUGUUGCCACCAAAAAUCCAGCAAUGGCAAAGUAGCCCAUGUGUGGCGGAGGAGAAAAAUCGCCGUACAUUAGAGAAGGUCCGUCAAGAACAGAUGGAAGCCAGACAGAAACUUGUAGAUCUGGAUUUAAAACACCAGGAACUUGAUGCACUUGUUGAGAGAGCUAAACAUGCCAAAUGUGAAGAUGAAAAGGAACAGCCUUCAGAGUCUGAGGAUGAGACAGAAUACAAUUUGUUCUGUGUAACAUGUGGACUAGAAAUCAGUCAGAAAACUGCACUGAAACAUAUGGAGAGAUGUUUUGCUAAGUUUGAAGCACAGACCUCAUUUGGAUCCAUUUACAAGACUCGUAUAGAGGGCAACUCAAUGUUUUGUGAUUUUUACAACAGUCAGAGUAAAACAUACUGUAAACGACUCAAAGUAAUAUGUCCUGAGCAUAUGAAAGAACCCAGGGUAGCAGCAGAUGAAGUUUGUGGAUGUCCAAUAGUAUCUGACGUGUUCGAAGAGAAAGGUGAAAUUUGCCUGACUGCUAAACGAAAAUGCAACAAACAUUAUGGCUGGGAAAAAUGUAGAAGGGCUCAAAUAGAUAUGGAAAGAGUAAGACAGUGGAUGAAAAUAGAUGACUUAUUCGAGCAGGAGAGAAAUGUCCGACACGCACUUUCUAACAGAAUGGGCGUACUUGGUCUUAUGUUACAUCAAACAGUUGAUCACAAUCCUUUAUACCCUAUCAUCGUACCUGAUAUGGAUUGAAUUCUAUAUUAAACUCGUAUGAACAAUUUGUAUCAAAUAUUAAGGAUAUUUCUUAUAAGUAAAUGGUUAAUGACAAGAGAUCUGCAGAUUCUGAUUUUAAAAAUAAUCUUGCACUAAAAAGUUGUUUGAAUGUUGAUUUAACCAUUGGCUUGUUUCUAGCAAUAAACUUUGAAAGUCACAAUGAAAAGUUCCAGAUUCCAUCAGGACAGUGCUGGUUCAUAAAAUAUGUUGUUGUUUUUUUAAAUAAAAACUAAGAUGUUUAUGCACAUUUUUUUGACAUCAAAAUGUUGAUUUUUACAUGAGAAAAUGAUGAGAUAAGAAUGGUGACGUUGCUCGAGUUUUGUAUCAGAAAUGUUACGCAAGUGGGGAAAAGAAAUUUUGUUGAAAAUAUUUUAAAAACAUGUAUCAUGUGUUAGAUUGAGAUAUGAGUAAUAAAAUAAAAGAUCAAAAGAUGAAAUGUUA